AUGAGUUCAUGGAAGCUGUCAUAUAUGCAGCUGGUAAUACUUUCUGAAAAUCGACCUAAUGCAGCAUUCAGAACUGAUACAUGUAUCAGUGUUGCCCCUGCCAGCAUGAAAAUUGUGCGGAUGAGGAGACCAGAGGUGCAGAAGCCUCUAAAAGAAGCAAGAUUAUCAAAAGAUAAGCAGGUGGAACGGAAAGACAAAAUUAAAGAAAGGGAAAAGAAGCAGAAAGAGAAGAAGAAGCACAAAAUAAUGAAUGAAAUCAAGAAAGAAAAUGGAGAGGUCAAAUUAUUGCAGAAAGGUGGGAAGGAGAAACCAAAAACCAAUGCAGAAGAGCUACAGAUUAAAAAAGUGAAGAAGAAAAAGAAAAAGAAACAUAAAGAGAAUGAGAAGAGGAAGCGUCCAAAAAUGUACAGCAAAUCCAUUCAGACCAUCUGCUCAGGAUUGGUUUCUGAUAUUGAGGAUCAGGAAGCCAAAGGCAUCAUAGAUGAUCAUCUUAAGGAUUUCAAUGGGAAAAAUAUGGACCCCAAGAAGGACUGUGAGUCCAAGAUACCAGAGAACAGUGAGUUUCCAUUUGUCUCGUUAAAGGAGCCACGGGUUCAAAAUAAACUCAAAAGGUUGGACACAUUGGAGUUCAAACAGCUGAUUCAUAUUGAGCACCAGCCUAACGGAGGUGCAUCAGUUAUCCAUGCCUACAGUAAUGAACUCUCCCACUUAUCUCCUGUGGAGAUGGAGAGAUUUGCAGAAGAGUUUGUGGGUCUGGUUUUUAGUGAAAAUGAAAACUGUGCAGCUUACUAUGUAAUGGGUAUUGUUCAUGGGGCAGCUACUUACUUACCUGACUUUUUAGACUACUUUUCGUUUAAUUUUCCCAAUUCACCAGUGAAAAUGGAGAUUUUGGGAAAGAAAGAUAUAGAGACAACGACUAUGUCAAAUUUUCAUGCUCAGGUAAAAAGAACAUACUCUCAUGGUACUUAUAGAGCUGGCCCAAUGAGACAGAUCAGCCUGGUUGGAGCAGUUGAUGAGGAAGUGGGGGAUUACUUCCCUGAAUUCCUUGAUAUGUUGGAAGAAUCACCCUUCUUAAAAUGUACACUGCCAUGGGGAACACUUUCUAGUUUAAAAUUAGAGAGUCGUAAAGACAGUGAUGAUGGUCCCAUUAUGUGGGUACGUCCAGGAGAACAGAUGAUCCCUGUGGCUGACAUGCCAAAGUCACCUUUCAAAAGGAAGAGAACUACCAAUGAAAUAAAAAACUUGCAGUACCUACCUCGAACCAGCGAACCCCGUGAAAUGCUAUUUGAAGACCGGACACGAGCCCAUGCAGAUCACAUAGGACAAGGUUUUGAACGACAGACUACAGCUGCUGUGGGAGUACUGAAGGCUGUGCACUGUGGCGAGUGGUCUGAGCAGCCUCGUAUAACCAAAGAUGUAAUUUGUUUUCAUGCGGAAGACUUCUUAGAGGUAGUUCAGCGAAUGCAAUUAGAUUUGCAUGAGCCUCCACUCUCACAGUGUGUCCAGUGGGUUGACGAUGCAAAACUUAAUCAACUGCGAAGGGAAGGCAUUCGAUAUGCCAGAAUUCAGUUAUUCGAUAAUGACAUUUAUUUUAUCCCAAGGAAUGUUGUGCACCAGUUCAAAACAGUUUCAGCUGUGUGCAGUUUGGCUUGGCACAUCCGUCUCAAGCUAUAUCAUUCAGAGGAAGAACUUUCUCAAAAUACAAGUACUGUUGAAGCAGGGACCUCUGCAGACCCCAAGUCUUCGGUUACUGGACUUCAGACUGACAGCAGAAUUUGUACGAUGAGCAAAAAUAUCAUAAAACAUGAACCUAUUGCAUCUCACCGAAUGAAAGAAGAACCCAUGAAUGUUGAUCUUGCUGAAAAGACAGUGGCACUUAAUGACGUCGGGGCCCAGAAUGUUCAGACUAGAUUGGAUCACAUCGAAUUGACGGCAUUUAAGUUGGAAAUGGAUUCUAAAUUUGAACCUGGCAACAAGGACUUACAAGGCAAGUUGUGCCCUGGAGGUCACGUGCAUCCAGAUGAUACAAGACAACAUAGUUCAUCAUAUCCAAAACUGCAUGGACAAAGAGAGGAUGAUUUUUUGUGCUGAAUUUGUAUAUAUGGUUUUAAAUUCCUUUUUAAACUUAAUGAUGUAAUAAUGUAAAGAUUCAUAAAUUGUGAGGCAAGUUUGUGACUUGCCUCCGCAUCUGUUACAGAAAAUAGUUAUGUAGCUUUGUAACAUUCCUCAGUGCCUGUCCAUAACUGUGAAGUAUCAAAGCACUUAGGGCCAGAUGCACUGUAAACACUGCAGGUUUAACAUAAAGAAGUCUUUAAAUAAUUUUGAGUUGUAGGUUUUAGAGUAGAGCUGACAUUUAACAUAUAUAUUUUUUGUAAGAUGAGCCAGAAUUCUUUUUGACAAUUCCAGGCUUUUCCAUAGAGCUUAUUUAUACCAAUUUUUUCAUUUUAAAUGUGUCAGCACUGUAGUGUAAAUAUCUUUUUUAAAAAUCUUUUUAGUGUGAUUUAUACUGAAAUGUGAGCCACUUAAUAAAGGUUCAUAAUAACAGAUUGGUUUUAUUUUUGGGUCUGCAAAAAAAAUUCAGUUGAACUGCCUCUCUAAAUGGUUAUGUUUCUACCUGCACUAAUGCAUAGGAUGCCCUUACGCCGUUGUGGGCUGAGGAGCUGUAGCGAACUGAGGUAGAGCUGAGGCAUUCUUUGUAAAUCAAGAUUAGUCAGAAUGCAAAAUCGGUCCUCCCUUCACAGGAUUCCUUACAGCUGCUCACUAAAGGCACUCCCCAGCCUUCUGCUGUCAGAUGCUCAUGUGGAGCAGUGAGGCUCCAUCCCGUGCUGUGGGGGACAGUGGGGCGCCCUGUGGGCUCCUGGAGCGCUGCCAGUAGCUGUGGGCAUCUCUCGAGAUGAGCUGGUGCAAGGGAGCAAACUCCCUGCUACGCUUACCUCCUCCUCCUGCUCAAGCCACAGUUAAAACAGUUCCAUUUCAUGUUAAAAAAACCCAACCACCACCACCACCCCCUCAGUUUAAAUCAGUUAUCUGACUAAAAUCAAAGAAUAUUUAAGUGGUUACUUGUCAAGCUAUAAAGGCCUCAACUUUGGCAGUGACCUGUAAUUUGCUGAGACACAUUUGGAUUUGAAUUGCUCCUUAUGCUGAUAGUGCCAGGCAAUAAAGAUACUUGACAGUGUGUCUAGUAGGAAGAUUCCUCAUGAGUCCCAGUUUGGAAGCAAGAGUUGUUAAGGAAAUAACAGUGGUGUCCAAGUUAACCGUUCUCCUCUCUCCCUGCCCAUGGAACGCUUGAAUUCUCUUAAGCUGUGUUCUGAGGGAAGAGGAUUUCAAGGCUAGCUAGCAUCUGAUGUGGUAAUAGCAAAACCUCUGUCACUUAACUUAUUUAAUUUGUGUAACAUAUUACUGUAUAGUUCAAACACAUCUGAAUGAUAUUAUUUUUUCAGGUAGCUACAAACAGCAGUAAACUGCCCUACAGCCUGUCCUUCAACUACGUAUUUAAAACUUAAGAUCCUAGGCCUGUUGUUAUUUCCAAAGCCCUCUGUAUCUUUGAAUUUUUUUUUUUUUUUAAUUUUUCCUUGCAACUUUCAGGAACUUUACGUAUCCACUUUAUAACCUUUGAUGCACUUAGUGAUCACUUUGGCUUUAUUUGUAGCAAUAGAACAAUGUGAUUUCCAGGUAACAUCUAAUUCAACUUCCUGAGACCCUUCUCAAAAAAGCAAACAUUUUUUGCUUGUAGUUCGUUAAAAUUCAAAAUGCUACUGUGUACUUAGCCCUCACACUGAAAUCAGCCACUUAACAGAUGAGUGCCCUGAUUUGUUUAAAUCUAAAAUAGGUCUGUCAAGGAAUUAGUAAUUAAAUCAAUAUUUGAAUUGCUAGACAUUACUCCUACAUAGCCAUAAUUAUGUAUUAGAGAAGCAAUAGAAACAUGAGUCUCUUGGAUGUGGCUAAUAUGUCCUUAAGUCUUACUGCUCUUUUCUUUGAUGCUGGCUAAAAGAUGACUACCAGUUUUGCACCCUCAGGGACCUUGCUUUCCCCUCACACCAUAAGCAAAUGAUUCAUGUGUGACAUGGGAAGUUAUUAUUCUAGCAGAUUCUGAUUUGAAAAACUAAUUGGCUCAUGUAAGAAUCUGAGCCUUGCCUGAGAGAAAUGUGGUCUCAGCUACCUUUGUGUUUUCUGGAUUAUCCAGAAACUUCCACCUGUAAUCUCUCUGGCUUCAUGAACAUCCAUAUACAAUCACGUAGCUUUUCAUUCCCCUUCUGUGUGCCGGCUGUUGGAGAACAGCAAAAGAGAAGAGCUGCAGGUUGUAGUUUGCACCAAGCAUGCAGCCUUCCAAGUAGGUUAGCAGAAAGCUCCAGCUUUAUCAAAACCAGCCAAACAAACAACUUAGUUAAAUAAAAACAAACAAACAAUUUAACUAAAUAAAAAAAAAAAACCCCAAACAAACCAAACCCCCAAAAAACCCAACUUAUUUGUAUGCUGGUGAUCUGCAUGCUGAUCAUUCAGGUUCAAGUAAUUUUUUUUUUUUUAAAUCUGUCAGAUUUCAGUGAAGUAUAUACAUCCCCUGUGACAGCAAACAAGUUUCUGCAUCGUAGGCCCUGUUCACGCUGAAAAAAUAAAUCUUUGAAAAUGGUUUAGCAAACAUGACUUUACACUUAGGAGUAGAACUCUGUUUCCUUUUGAAGACCUGCUCAGAGGUCUUGGCUGAUAUAGCCUCAAACUUCUGCUCAGGUAUCUGAAAUUUUGCUUCUAAACUGCCUACAUCUUCAACCCAUUUUUUUCCUUUUUUAUCACUUUCAGAUUUAAAAGAUUUAAAAAAAAAAAGUGGCAGUUUUUGCGAAUUUUUUUUUUUUUAGGCAUCCUUUAUUUUUCAUUUUUGGGACAGACUAGAUUCUUACUUUUUGACAGAAUUCCUUGCAGACAGAAUACGAACAAUAAUGGGAUUACCCAUGGCUAUCUGAACUCCCUUUGUAUUCAAAGGUGUGGACAGUCUGGGUUGACUGGCCGUGUUAGGGUAUACUUCUGACUUUGCUUUUUUAAAAAAGAAAAAAAGAGAAGUUUUUGUCCUCUGCCUGUGGUGUAUUCAUUCUGAUGCGGUUGCUCUUUCUGAGAAUUUCAGCUCCCGAAUUGUUCAUUAGUCUGACAAAGGUCUUGCUUUGGUUUCAAGUGCUCCUGUGCUGCAACCUCUAUUCCUGCGCCUCCAACUUCAUAUUUUCAGACUUUUGCUUCAGCAAUAAAUCUUUCAUGCCUUCUGAUGUACUGAAAUUAGUCUUUGCUUAUUGCUUCCCCCCCCCGAUUUCAGUUAUAUAUAAAUCUUUCUGUUAUUUCGGCUGAAAUCUCCAGUGUUUUAGUUGUCGCUCUUGGCCCUUGUUCUUCUGCAGAUUGUAAAAAUCUGCGUAAGGCCUCUUGCCUGUACUGCAGUGGCAUUGACCUCCGUGCGUUUGCAGUGAUGUUCCAGUUCAUGACAUGAUGUGCAGAAACUUAGACAUGUUCCCCUAGAUAUUGGUACCAUAUUUGUGGGUAGCACAGAAUCACGUUGUUACUGUCACUACCAAUAGCUUUCAAGAUGGUAGCUACUUGUUUUUUUGUUUUUUU